CAACGGUUCCUUGAACUGAAGGAGGGAAAUCCUCCUCCUCGUUGCCGCCUGCAUGCAAAAUGAGCAGACCGGGACAGAAUAAGGCUGGUUCAUCAUCGCACUCAGCUGCAAGCGACACUUGACUUUGCGGGGAAUGGUGCUUUAACUCGGGUUCAAGGAGCAAGGCAACCUCCCUGAGAAUUUUCCAGAGCCUCAACAAAGGCUCAUACAGGUGACAAGUGUGUCCAACUCCGCCGCACCGCACUGCCUGCGCUGACGCGCUCGGAGUGCGUUUUGAUAGGCAGCGCGCUGCUUGAGACCCGCCGCACUUGUUUUGACGCGACAUUUCGCUGCGCCAGCUGUGCAUAUGUGGCCGCAUAUGACGCAUUUGCGCCUUUAGAUGUUUUCCAGGCUUUUGGUCUCGUUUUCGGACGAGUUACCGUGCUGAUUGGUGUGUUCCUUAUGUCCGCCUGGGUUAACUUAAGUUUUUUUUAUGUGGGGGCAUAGCGAGCCCGGCUCGGUGCAGAAGUUGGUUGGGAAUAAUGACAAUGCGUAGCGCAGAGGACGGAAAAGAGAAGUAACGGCGGCUUUCGGGAUGUUGUUGAGCGGCUGAAUUUACUACUGGCAUCAUCAGCAUCUCUGUGUGAGGACUCGAAUCUGCGGGGGACUGCUGCUACUCGCCCUCUUCAUCUAUACACUUGCAGUUUAUUUUACCAUGAUUAUUUUUAUUCUUAUUUUUUUACAGAAGCCUGUCUGAAUCUCCAGAAACCACAGCUUUGUAAACUUGUCCAGAUCUGGUGACACUGUACCUUGUGUGUGUGUGCUGAGCAGCCUGGAUGGAUAUGCGGCUCACCGAGGGAAUUUGAAAAGGGGGGAUUACUAUCAGUCCCUCUCCUAUUAUAACCUCAAAAUGGAUGCCGACGACAGGCUUUGGAGACGCCAAUGGAUUAGCCACUCUUUCGCUGAUCUGCUUGACAUCUGAGCGGCGCAUUCGUUCAAAGUUUGGAUAAUCUAAAAGGCUGAAGGUGUAGGAUGCAGUCUGGAGUGAAGACGCUCUCCGCAGGUGGAGGUGCGUCACUCUGCUGCCUGCUGCUCCUCUGGCUCAUCUACUCCCAUCUGCUGAGAGAGGGCCAGUUGGCGGUGGGAACCUGCGAGAUAGUGAUGCUCAACAGAGACAGCAGUGUUCCCAGACGGACCAUUGCCAGGCAGACAGCCCGCUGCGCGUGCAGGAGAGGCCAGAUCGCUGGCACCACCAGGGCGAGGCCAGCCUGUGUAGAUGCACGAAUUGUGAGGAGCCGCCAGUGGUGUGAGAUGGCUCCCUGCCUGGAGGGGGAGGUCUGCAGCCUCCUGUUCAACCGAUCCGGCUGGACCUGCACCAAGGGCAGUGGUCGCAUCAAGACCGUCACGCCUUUGCCCAAGGAGCCAUCGUAGGAUGCAGAGCAAAACAGCAAGUUCAUUGACAUCCGUGUUCCAAAAGGAACUGAGGCCAGUGACUACACCCGAAAUCGUGUCCAUUCACCAAUGAAGCUCAUGAACUUCACACCAGCCCUGACCUUCAAUUAAAAAUGACAUAACCCAGAGCUUCUCCACUCACCACAGUAAAAGUCCCUCGGCUGACCUCUGAAAACUUUUUAGAGGUUUUAGGUGAAGGGUAUGGUACACCAUCAUCAACACUGAACUUUCACCACAGCCACAUUCAUGAACUCAUCGUAGAGCAAAAUCCCUGUGAGGAACGGUUAUCAACAGGGCAGCUGGGUAUUCAUUCAAGUACUUGGCCUUUUAUUUUUCUUAGUCACUGCCUGGACUGCAGGGGAUGGCUCUUUUUUAUUUUGUACCUUUGUGGCUUGAUUUAGACUUGUCAGAAGGUCUUUCAAAAGUCAGCUCCUUCGUCUUCUUUACUGUGGCCGCUAUGAAGCCGUUCAGGGUUAUAGCCCAGCCAAGUUUCUUUAAUGACAGUUCGUUGCAAAAGAAUUAUGACUUUACUGAGGUUGAGCCAGGCUGUAUUGUCCAUCGGAUCCUAGCCUUUAACACCUUUCUUUCAUUUGGCUGGGUCAAACUUUACGAGGCUGUAUCUGCCAAAAUCUCUGCAUACGCUCACCAGAAGGGACGCUGUGAAACAGCAUAAAAGCCGCGGAAGAGACGACAGAGAUGAGCCGACUGUCCUUCCUCACCCAAUGAAGAUCAUGAGGGUGAAACCUGGACAUUUUGGAUGGCUUAGCUUAUAUCUUUUUUUUUUUUUUUUUUUUAAUGUGGUGCCAACAUAGACGAGAAGAGUAGUUUUCUGUCAAUGGACCUCACACAUCUUGUACACAUCCCUAGGAGCGUUGAGCAGAUGCGAACCCCUGACUCAUUUUAAUGGUCUAUACUUUGUGUGUUUGCGUGCGUGGAUGCAUGUUUGCAUCUGUCGGUGUGUGUGUGUGUGUGUGUAUGUGUGUGUGUGUGAAUACAUGUUUUUCUGUGUGUGGGUGAGUGUGUGUGUACAUCCAGAAAUACACUGUGAAAUAAGUCAAUGCAUUAUUCAUACUCUUGUAUAUUUUUGGGACACACCCAAUUCAGAACUCACCAUCUGACUAAAAGAAAACACAUUUGGAAUUUUACAAAUGUUGGAUCCUUGGAUAUUUGGAUCCUGGAUUUACCUUUAAUUUUCUUUCUUGUCUUUUCUUUAGUACAUAGAGAUAUUUAUAUUGGGGGGAUACAAUGGAAACUGGGGAAAUAUCAACAGUAUGUCACAUAAGUUAAAUUCUGUAAUUAAAAUCAGUUUAUGUGUGAUUAAAUGUAUUUCAGAAUCCUUGUCUAAAUUGAUAUAUUUUGAUAUGAAAUGUUUUGGCCGCCUGGAUGUGCAAAUUUAGAUGCUUGAUAUGUCUGAAGUUAUGUAUAUACAUAUAUAUAUAUAUCCAAGUAAUGUAUUUAUGUUCUGUGUGUCUCAGUCAGAGAAGAAACAGAAGAAGAGGCAUUCUUCUGAGAGAAGUAUUAUAGGUGGACACAAUAACAUGAACACCACUGAGGUUUUUCAAAAAACACAGAAUAAAACUAAACACAAUGCAAAUUCCACAAACCAGUCUGCAAGAUGUAGUAUCAUUUCUCUGAUGUAGCCUCUGCAAAAGCAGCUUCAGAAUGAUAUAUCGUGGUUAUUUUCAGUAUUUCAUUUUUUUUUUUUUUUGUUUUACUAGUUCCUACAUUUACACACCAAUGGCUGGAGAGCUCAUGUGCAAGAUGCAUGUCACAUGUUGGGUUCCACGGACAGACUGAACCGCCAACCUUGAAACUUGUGGACAAUCAACUGUACAACCAGAACCACAGCUACUCAAAGCUGCAUUUGCAAAAGAUUUUAAUAUAAUGUACAGGUGUUCCUGUUAAUGUGCCUCCUGCUCCCUUUAUUCAUUUCUUUGUGCUGAAAAAUCAUGUACAUCUCCAUCUUAAUGUAUGCAUGUGAGGAUAUAAAGAAAGCGCCUUCUCCCGGGAGCUGUGGAGUGUGUAUUUGGUGUGUGUGUGUGUGUGUGAGUGUGUGUUUUUGGGUGUGUGUUCCAGGUCAACAGUGAGCUGUGUAGUGCGAAAAUACCAAUUUCCACCUGAUCCCAUAUCUUUGAUUUCAUGCUGCCUUUGUUUAUCGCUCCUUUGGUUUGCUGUCACCGUAAAUAAAUUAUCCCUUUGAUUUGUCUCACUGCCGGUGCAGGAGCUGCUGCAGUGGCACUGAGAAGGGCAGCCCAUGAAAAGAGCUGGAUCUUAGGAAAAUUUGGAAACAAUUAACUGGACCUCCUCCUCUGUUUGUUAAGUGGUUUGUUAAGAUGUGCAAAUCUGAUUGGUUUACUAUACUAUAGUAUACUAUACUAUACACACACUAAGUCCUCUAAGAUAUGUCACUGAGUCUGUGACUCUCAAGCUGCUGAGGCACUGUCCUUAAACUGCAAUGCCUAUAAGCACAUUUUGUUGUCCUGAAAUAUAUGAAUAUUUUAUACUUUAAUCUCAAACUGUACUUGUUUUACAAGAUGCUUAGGUUGAAAAAAAAAACAACAAAAUAAAACUAUAUUCAAAUUAUUCCCCCAGCACGACACUGCUACAGAUCUGAGACAAACUUGUACAAUAAAAAAAGAUCCAGGCUAAAAUUAAAUACUUGAGUGUAAUACUUUCUGUGUAGCCAUGUAUUUUACUGUGGUCCACAGAGUAAUGUACUAUAACUGCAACAGCCCCCGUAUCAUAACCAUCAUGUAAGGGAUCAUCCACAAUGUAGUGGUGGUUAUUGGAAAGAAAUAACAGUGUGUGGGAUAUCCGAUUAUAAUGCAAAGAGUGGUGUGCUUUAUUUUUUUCAAACUGCUAGAUGCAACAUGAAUCUUCCCACACAGUUUUUUUGUACAUUGUCAAGUAUUUUUCUUAUAAUUCUGGAAACUGACAGGUUUCAGAAAAUUUGUCUUAAACAUAGAAAAACUAAAAGCAGGGCUUAAUUCAAGCGUUUGCCGUUAAAUAAUUCUAACUAUGAAGCGUGCAUGAUAUCAAUUAUUGUAGGCCAGGUGGCCAUGAACAAAAAAUGCAAUUUGUCCACAAAUCAUCAUAUAUUUUAGCAUACAGUAUACAGAGUGUAAGGAUCUAAUUUAUCAUCAUUUAAGGACAUCCCUCUUUAAAAUGUACUUCUUACAUUAAACCCAGUACUGCUACUUAACUCUCCACUACAAAUGGCUAUACUGUAUUCUCCCUGCAUGCAGUGCCAAUUCACAGAGUUGUUUUUAGAAAACUUCUAGAAAUGUUUAAGAAAGGCACCCACUAAUGACUGAUUGACAGUGUUCUUAUUUUUGCUUCUGUGCAUUUGGGACAUAAUAGCGAAAAAUAUUUACUGUUAAAAAAAUAAAUAAGUGGAAAUGUAUUAUUCAGUAUCAUCAAGAACA